AUGAUUGAAAGCACAAUCGACCUCCUCUACACAAACUCGUCUGUGAUGUACGAUCGGCACUUUUAUUCGCAUCCCAUCCCGGUAAACGACACUCGUGAUGCAUAUGCUUUUACCGUCGAGUUCAGCCGAGAAUGCUUGGGCGAAGCUGUUUAUGAUCCAUCGAUUACAACCUUUGACAUAAUCAUUUUCCGUUUCUUCGAUGAUAUUUUGGAGGCUGUGCCGAUAUCUGAAUUCAUCGUUCGCUACUCAAUAAUCGGAACUGGUGUCACUUCCAAACAUACUCUUCAUGUCGUUGGUGCAAGUGAAAAUGAGACAGAGUCUCUUGGAUCAAAGCGACUGCUUUACAACCAUGACGAGUUGAACGAGUUUCACGAGCCUCCAAAACGGCAUAUCGAUUUUAUCAAAUUAUCAAUCUGGGUCAAUGUUACAGCUAAAGUUGUUAAUCUGAGUAACGGGACCGCAAAGAGCCACAAAGAAAGAACAGUAAAGCUCCCGGUCCCAAAUGGUGCGAAAAGACUAGCUGUUAGAAGAGGACUCAGGCAUUGUAUUGCAUACAUGACAUCGCACUCACAGCAGUUGGCGAUCUCUCGACGUUUUACAGUUGAACACAAAUUCCAGAACAAAUCAGGCCGAAACUCUUACGUCGACGAGGAAAACUUCGAUAUUGCUUACAGAUUUGCAGCCAUUCACUAUGCUAUCAUUAUUUUCUGUCUUCUAUCUGGAAUCGUGAUUUACUUCUCCGCAUGGGCUCAGUCGGAAGAAUACAUCGAUUUGAAUGUGAUACACUUGGUGCGUGCCGAAUGGAGAGCGAUUCGCGAGGCUCGAAGACAAAUGAAAAACAGUGGAAAGAAUGAGAAAAAGGUC